GAAUCCCUCGUUUCCCAAACCAAAGGAAGGUUAGACAACUCCAAACGCGUUUGCGAUCCGGCUCGUUCUCCGGCCUUCAUGGCGACGACGGAGAGCUUCGCCGACAGGAACUCCGUCUUCCGCAAGCUUAGAUCUAAGCCGGAGAACAAGAUGUGCUUCGAUUGCAACGCGAAGAACCCGACUUGGGCGUCGGUGACCUACGGGAUAUUCCUCUGCAUCGAUUGCUCUGCCGUUCAUCGGAGCCUCGGCGUCCACAUUAGCUUCGUCCGGUCUACAAAUCUAGAUUCCUGGACACCAGAACAGUUGAAGAUGAUGAGUUAUGGAGGAAAUAAUCGUGCUCAUGUCUUCUUUAAACAACAUGGAUGGACUGAUGGAGGCAAAAUUGAGGCUAAAUACACGUCAAGGGCAGCUGAUCUGUACAGACAAUUACUCUCAAAAGAAGUUGCAAAGAGCCUGACUGAAGAUAAUGCAUUGAAUUCUCCUCGGUCUCCUGUUGCCUCUCAAGUUACAAAUGCCACUAAUGGCCUUCCUGAUGUGAAGGUUGUGGACACUGUAAAGGAAAAUUCAUUCGACAAACAGGAGCCUGCUGAGAAGCCUGCUUCACCUAAAGCUCCUUCAUACCCUGUGAAGAAGCCUCUCGGUGCAAAGAAGACAGGAAGUAGGACUGGAGGACUUGGUGUCAGAAAACUCACAACCAAGACUAGUGAAAGCAUCUAUGAUCAAAAGCCUGAAGAACCGGCACCUGUGGUCAGUUCCUCUGAUAAACCUUCCACCAAGUUGGGAUCAUCAUUUCCUUCUCGUUUUGAGUAUGUGGAGAGCAUGAGUUCUGACAACAGCUCUGGUGGUCCUGAAGUCAUUGGCCAUGUCGCACCACCUAAGUCUACAGGCUUCUUUGCAGAGUACGGAAUGGAUAAUUUAAGUCAGAAGAAGGCAACCUCCUCCAAAGUGCAGAUUCAAGAGACAAAUGAAGCUAGACAGAAGUUUUCAAAUGCAAAAUCUAUCUCAUCGUCUCAGUUCUUUGGUGAUCAAAAUAGAGCUGGUGAUGAGUUCCAGGCAUCCCUGCAGAAAUUUUCGGGUUCGACGGCUAUAUCCAGUGCUGAUCUAUUUGGACAUCAAAAUGAUGAUUCUGGGAUUGAUUUGGCAGCAAGUGAACUCAUCAAUAAGAUUUCUUUUCAGGCGUCACAAGACAUAGCCUCAUUGAAGAACAUUGCUGGGGAGACUGGAAAGAAGCUUACAAAUUUGGCUUCCAGCUUCCUGACUGAUAUUCAAGAUAGAAUUCUUUGAGCGCUAGUUGAGUGUCCAACGUAGAUUUAUUUAUGGUCUGGAUAAGGCUGGAUAAGUUCGCAAAUUUUCUACAUAUUUCUUAAGUCAUGCUUAUUCUGUCCUUGUUGCCUUUGGAAUUUUUUUGGGAAAUAUUGGUUAUUCAAGCUUCGCAUAUCACACACAGCAUAUGCAUUCCGCAUAUGCAUUCCCAUAUCACAGCAUAUAUGUGUAUCAGUAGCUAUUUUGUAAGUGAAUGGUUCAUAUGGACAUCCCAAUAGAAUGUUCUUUUCUUCA